AUGUCUGAAAUUGGUGAUGAGUCUACUAAUAGCCAAGAAAAGGUAAAACCGAAGAUCUAUGAAGAAGAUGUCGAUGAGGAGCACGACAUUGUAAGCGUGGAAGAGACUGUGAAACGGGGUGUUCUCCACAAUGAUAGAACAAAACUCAAGCAAGGGCUGAAAGAGCGCCAUAUCAAGAUGCUAACACUUGUCGGCGUAUUUGGCACAGGUCUAUUUCUGUCCUCCGGUGGUACGUUAAAAAAAACCGGGCCGGUUGGUCUGUUGAUUGCAUACCUGUUCGUUGGUAUUGUUGUGGGGUGUAAUCAGAUUGCUAUCGCUGAGGUCGCUUCUUUCAUGCCCGCUACCGGGGCAACCAUCAGACAUGCUGAGCAGUUCAUAGACGAGUCAGUUGGCUUCACAUUUGGUUGGAUCUCUACAUAUUCGUCACUGAUGCCUGGUGAGUUAUCGGCCACGGCAGUUAUUAUGAGAUAUUGGACGGAUGUAAGUCCUGCAGUUUUCAUAACUGUGUUCGGUAUUCUUUUUGUGGUGACGAAUAUUUACACAAUUCGAUUCUACGGCGAACUCGAAUACAUAUUCGGGUGGCUAAAACUUGUAUUGAUUUUUAUAUUGAUUAUAUCAGGACUGGUGAUCGACCUAGGUGGUACCAAGGGUCAAGAAAGGCUUGGAUUUCACUAUUGGAGGGAACCUGGACCCUUUGCAAAUUAUUUGGUGGGGGGACAUAUAGGAAAGUUUGUGGGCUUCUGGGCUGCCAUUUCUUCUGUGGUGUACUCUUACUCUGGCAUUCAAAACAUUGCCAUUCUUGCCGGUGAAACUAAGAACAGCAGACAUGCAAUUUUUCACGGUGCCAAAAAUGUCUUCUUGCGCAUUAUUGUUUUAUACUUGGUCACAGUCUUCAUACUGACACUGAUCGUACCGUACAAUGAUAAGUUGAUCGCUACCGGAACGGGCACAGCCCGGUCGAGUCCCUUUGUCAUUGCAAUGAACAGAGCUGGGAUCAAAGUCUUACCUCAUAUUGUCAAUGCCUUGAUCUUAACAUCGGCAUGGUCAGCUGGUAACUUGGCUAUUAUCGAAGGUUCCAGGAAUUUGUUCUGUUUGGCGACAAAGAAUCAAGCCCCCAAGAUUUUUUUGAGGACGAGUAAAAGAGGAAUUCCUUAUGUUGGUGUGAUAUUCAUCUCGAGUUUUCUACCAUUGGCGUAUAUGUCCUGUUCCAAAUCGUCGGCUACCGUCUUUGGGUGGUUCCAAGAGCUGGUGUCUUCAAACACGCUGCUACGUUGGAUUCUGAUUUCGGCAAACCAUAUCCAUAUGGACAGGGCUUUGAAAGCUCAGGGAUACAGCAGGUCUGACCUACCAUAUUCAACACCCAUGGGUCCUUUUGCUGCUUGGUUUUCCGGGAUCAUGUCGUUCAUUUUCUUACUUACGGGAGGCUUUUACAACUUCAUACACGGUCAUUUCGACAUCGAGUCCUUUUUUACCAGGUACUUCAUAAUUCCAUUGGCAAUUGGACUAUUUACUUUCUGGAAGCUAUUCAAAAAGACUAAAUAUUUACGUCCACAUGAAGUAGAUCUUGAAUCUAUCUUUGACGACAUCAAAGAAAAUCCAGAACACAUUGUAAAGACCAAAAACGCGUGGGCAAGAUUUUCAAUAGCAAGAGGUUGGAGAGAACGAAGCCAAAAAUAG